CCACAACCAGCCUUUCAAAACUCAGGGUUGUCAAAGUGGGGGGGAAGUCACCUUGUAGCUUCUUUCCCAGAGACAAAUCUGUCUUUUAGCUUUCAGUGGGAAUGGUUCCUGGGCGCCUGGAGACUCCUCCCGGACAUUCAAACUCUACUGGCAAUACCGAUGCUCCCAAACUCCACAACGGGCAAUACAACAACACACUAAACGGUGGUGGAGUACCCCAAACAACUCAACCAACGGCUUCGCAGUCGCAGCUAUCCUAUCAACAUCAGUAUCCUACGGGUGGUUUUGGGGUUUCGACAGGUUACUCGGAAUCCAAUUUCCACGCCAACAGUCGGGCAAGAAUCAUUUCCUUUGCGCAAGGACCUGGAGGAGACCCGCAGAGAAUGGGACAAAUGGAUCCUGCGAAGAACUUGACCGGGAGGCCCAUGGCUCCCGUGCCUGUCUCACGUAAUAAUAGCAGUGGUAGUCAUUGGCAGCCAACGCCCCACAACGUGCUAACCACGCCAACAUCCAUCAUGAUGGGUCAUGGUCAGGGCAUAGUCUCAACAACGCCUCCCGAUACGACAUCCUUCGGCACCUCACCCAUGUUUCCUUUCUCCGACUCCCCCGUUUCCCCACGGCGUACCUCGAACUUUCUCUACAGGCGCGCACCGCACGCCGUCUAUACUGGAAACAACAACAACAACAGUAAUAGCAACAGUCCUGCGCCUGGCAAUGUGGGGACGAAUGACAGCGCUUUCCAGCAGGCACUGCAAACUCCGUUCCCGCACCGCGACAUACCUUGCUGUGGGAUCAUUCACGCGACCUACGACGACCUAUUGCGGCAUUGCGCGCUAGAGCAUACCGCGAAUCCUAAUGCAAAUGGCUCACUAGCUAAUGCGAAGCCAGGGAACGGAAAUAGCGGAAAUGCUGGGCCCGCAGCUUUACCCAUUUAUCCCAAUUACGGCGGAAUUGCACCAGCCAUCACCAGAGCGGCAUUUCAUGAGGCUCGAAACGGGUCAAAUGGAGCAAACGGGCAAGACUGGUCUCAGUACUAUCCUCCAUUAUACCAGCAUCCUACACACCUAGCGCAUGGGCCAUCGGGUCUCAGCGGCCUCUUUCCGGCUGGGACGGGCAAUGUCGACGCUGAUCUGUCCGCAUUGCUCGCGAAUCAACCGAACGUCAACGAUGCGGAAACGAGAGGGGCACAGAUCCUCGCGCAGAAGCGAACUCUGUCCGCGGCAGCGUUUUCGGUAGGGUCGUAUUCAGCGAUCGAACUCAAACGCAUAAGAGAAGAAUUCCGGUUGAGCGGGGUAGAUUUCUCGGACAUUUUGAUGCAGAGUGGCGAUGCAGGGCAGGCGAUGUAUGGUAUGACACCAGGGAAUGGGAUGAGGUCUGGCAUGGGAACGGGAUAUCAGCCGCAGCAGGAAUUGUCGGAGGAAAUGCUCGAGUCCUUGCUUGCGCCCUCGCGGGUGGAUGGAAAUGCUGGGGGUAAUCCACUCUAUCAACAACCCUUCAUGUACCCGGGCUCAUCGGUUGCCGCGAAUGACGAGACGGACUAUGCGGAUGCAUCGAACCCUCAGCAGAACAGUCAUCGGCGGGGCUCGCAGACUGAUCAGGAAGUGGAGGCGACGCGCACGACUCCGAUGGCCGUGCCGAGACCCGGUACACACGCCCAGAUGAGAGCACUUCAUGACGCCGACGACGACAACCACAACGAUUCCGCCCACCCCCUGCACCGACCAAGAGGUAACUCCAACUCCAGCCUUUCCGACGGUCAUGGCGCGGGUCAGACGUCGGCACUCUCCCAGAAGCUUGCUCAAACGUCAUCAACCAUGGCCGCCCCACAACCUGGCCACUUUGCCCCCACAUCGUCCCUCGCGGCACCCAUACCGGUGAACAACAACAUGCUCUCAUCGGAGCAGCAGCCGGGGAACGCGAUGGACUUUCUGAUCGCAAACUUCCAGGCUUCGUCCUUGCGUACUCCACCCAUGAUGCCCCAAAGUGGCCAGAUACCCUCGGAGUUUGCGUUGGACGCCAAUGCCGAUUAUGUUGAGACGCGCCCGGCAUCACAUUCUAGGCCCGAUGCUGCUGCAUAUGAUGACGUGUCGAACGCUAACGGCCCUGUACCAUCAAGACAGCAUCUUGCAUCGCAGAAUUUGGGUGUGCAGUCGGCACAUACGCAGGACCCGGCCAUGCCGCACGGUCUGCAGACGAGUGCGCCUGUACUGCCCCCCGAGUUCCGGAAUCAACCGGUGUACAUGCCAGCAUACGGCUAUGCGGAUUACUCGUCCAUCCUGGUGGGGCAGGGUAUGAACCAUUUGGGAGCGCCAUAUCAACAAUACGCGAACGGACUGGUAUAUUCUGAGCAAAUGUAUCCUUCGGGCGGAGUAAAUGCGCCUCAACGGCAGCAGCAACACCCGAACCACGAUACACAUGUGCAGGCGGCCAUACCCUUACAGCAACCCGCGACAGCCGUGAGACAAACGGCACAAACACAGUCACUAUCCGCCAACGCUUUCCCGCCAGCGACAUCGGCAGGCAACCCCGCAACCCCGGCCGCCCACCACCCAUCACCCGCCCCCUCCACAACCUCCCGCGUCCCACCCACAGCCCCCGCCACAACCCCGUCCGCAGCCGCAGCAGUAGCAGCCCGCCCAAAAGCCAAGCCACGCGCCCGCAAAGAGCGCCCCCACGGGCCCACCCACUCCGACUCCGCCUCCACCGUCGAAUCGGGCGAUGCCGGCACGCCCAUCACCGCCGAUGCCCCAACACCCAGCACACCCCUUAUCGGGCCCGCUAAACCCCACCCGUGCCCUCACCCCAACUGCAACAAAUCCUACAAGAACCCCAACGGGCUCAAAUACCACCUGGAACACGGCCACCCGGAACUCUACGAAUCCACCUCCAAAGCAGCCGCGGAAGCGGACGCAGCCGGGGAGGACGACCCGAAGAACGCCGUAAAACCGUUCAUCUGUCGCGUGCUUGUUGACGACGCGGCUGCCAAAGCGGUUAAAGGUGCGACUCCCCAGGGGGAACGACCGCCGACAACGAUAAUGGUGCAGUGCGAGAAACCGUAUAAGAAUCUUAACGGGUUGAAGUAUCAUUUGAUCCACGCGCAUGGGUUGGAUGAUGUGCAGUGCAAGAAAUUGCUGGCGGUUGCGAAGGUGGAAGCCAAGGAGGUUCUUGAAGCUUUCAAUGCGUUGGCUGCGGCUGAGGAAAAAGCGGCUGCUAACGAGGCUGUGUUGAAGGAGGAGGAGGAUAAGCCGGAUGUUGGGAGGAAUGUGACGACGACGACGACGACACAGGACUCGGGGUCGGGGUAUGUGGAGUAUUCGUCGUACCCCCGCGGCUACGAUGUGGGCGAGACGCCGUCGUAUGAUGCGGAUUUGGAUGUGAAUGGGAUGUUGGCGCAGUUGUUGGAUUUGCCGCCGCCGAAUCAUGAUGUGUCCGGGUUGAUUGGGGACUCGGAUUUGAGGCAAUGAUAGCGGACGAGGGAAAUCUCUCUCCGGACCGCGUUCUCCUUUCGACUUUCUUCAUAACGUUCAUGACUUUCGGCUUCCAUAACUACCACACUACUGUAGCGUAGGCACAGACUGUAUACUUAAAACCUCACACAUAAUGACCAUAUUCCCUCACUC